AUGCUCAUGAUUCUGACGUUCAUCAGUGAUGCGAUGAAGCUGGUCGGACUGCUUCCACCAAACUACAUCUGCUUCCGCUGCAGGAUUCCUGGACAUCACAUUAAAAACUGCCCGAGCAAUGGGGACAAAAGUUGCGCUCCUCAUAAGCGCAUACGGAAAUGCGCAGGGAUUCCUCGUAGUUUCCUGGUGGAGGUGGAUGAUCCUGACAGAAAGGGAGUCAUGAUGGACAGCAGCGGGAAAUACGUCAUUCCCGUUAUGGAUGCUGAUGCCUAUGCGAUUGGGAAGAAAGAGAAGCCGCCCUUCUCACCCCAGAAUAACCCUUCAUCCUCAUCCUCAUCCUCAUCCGAUCCGGUUCCUGCGACGCUGCUGUGUCUGAUCUGUAAGGAUCUGCUGAGCGAUGCUGUGAUGAUUCCCUGCUGCAGGAGCAGCUACUGUGAUGAAUGUGAGUGUCUGAUCAAACAAACAUCAGUCAGAAGCAAACAGGCUGUUUCUGACAAUCGUUUGGUGUCAGGUAUCAGAACGUGUUUGCUGGAGUCUGACGGACACGUUUGUCCAACCUGCAGACAGUCGGAUGUUUCUCCUGACAGUUUGACUGCAAACACUGUUUUGCGUCAAGAUGUGAAUCAUUUUAAAAAUGGAACCAGAUCUUUGCAUUCCUACCUGAGUCCAAACCACAGCCAUCAAUCCCUGUCACCCAUCCCAGAACCCUCAUCAAAGAGGGAUAUGAAAGGUUAUCGUUCAUGCUCCAGAUCUCCUCAAAACAGAUAUGGACCCGAAGAGACCACGCUACUGAAAGACUUUCAGUCCUGCAUUGGAGAAACCUUGUGA